AGGAAUCAAUUCUGAGAGUUUUGUCAGUACCAAACCUUUAAAAAGAGGACGUCAGCAACCUAACCUUGCCAAAUAAAAUAUAUUCAUCAACUAAUACCUUGGCAGAUCAACAACUUUAACAAACUAGAAUCUAUACAUAUAGUGCAACGCUAGGACUAGUUUCAGUCCAAAUAUUAUCUCCUCUGAUUAAACUUAUCAGCUUUUCUUAGAUAAGAUGCAAGGAGCAAGACCAGCAGUAUCCAACAGUAGAAAUAGAGUCUGUUCUUAUCUUUUUCUGCUGAUCCUCAUUAAUAUUGCUAGUGCUGCUGCUUCAACUACUGCUACUACUAAUGAUCAUGAAUAUGAUGAUGAUCAUUAUAAGUGGGCGCAAAGAGGCAAGAUGAUGAUUAACAAAGAUAAACCGUGCAAGCGUCUAGUCCUCUACUUGCACGACCUUCUGUUCGACGGCACCAAUGAAGCAAAUGCAACUGCCGCAGUGGUUGCAAACCAGACUGCUCUCGGCAACUUUAAGUUCGGUAAGUUGAUUGUGUUUGACGACGCUGUCACUGCCGACCCCAACCUCUUGUCUCCACCUGUUGCCAGAGCGCAGGGCUUCUAUUUCUAUGACAUGAAGACGGACUACAAUGCCUGGUUUUCCUAUACUCUUGUCUUCAACUCAACUAAGUAUAAAGGUACGAUUAACUUAAUGGGUGCGGAUCUAAUGAUGAUGGAGACUAGAGACCUCUCUGUGGUGGGCGGAACUGGGGAUUUCUUCAUGGCACGUGGAAUUGCCACCUUUAAGACAUUGUCGGCAAGUUUGACAUACUUCAAGGUCCAGAUGGAUGUUAAGCUCUAUGAGUGCUAUUGAUUUAUUUUUUCUGUUUGUGUGCUUCUAUGUUUGUGUAUGGAUCUCUGUUAUGUUCUAUGUAUCAACUUGACAUGCAUGGAAGCCCCAGGAAAUAACAGACAUGCUACAUGAUGUAGUUGUGAAUACCAGUUUCCUUCGUAUGGAAUU